GUUAACGGCAAGAGCAGAGGUACCGAAUUAUCGCUUAUAAUUUUUGUUCUGUUUGUGAAAAAGUGCAAGUGCCUAACUUUUCAAUUUGUAUGCACACAUGCAUAAAUUGGCUUCAUUUAAAUGAUUCGAAAUACGAAAAUUGUUUAAAAAAUAAGUUAAACAAAGCAAAAGAAAAACUCCAACAAUGUCCAGUGACGAAUCUACAUCUACGCACAUCUCCGAUAUUUCCAGCCAGGCUGAAAAGGAAAAAUUAAAGCCACAUAAGGCUGAACAAUGGGAAAUAAAUGUGAUUGGAAACUUUUUGUUGACACUGUAUCAUCGAAUGAAGAUAACACCUAAAAACGAUUGGCUUUGCCAUAAAACCGAUAUUCGCAAGGAAUUUGAGCAAUUUGCUACGCCAGAUUUGAUGCAGCGUUUUAAAAAAGCGAAUGGCACCGAUAAUAUUGGUACUCUAUUGCACCGCUGUGGUUUUCUCUGCAAUACACCAAGAGGUAGUCAUUUCUACAAGUUGAAAAGCAAAAUUAUUUUUGAAUUUCGUCACAAGAAAAUGAUGGAGCAAGAUAGAAAUAGACUGAAUGAUGACACAAAUUCUCCCACAACUGCAGGCGUUGAAGAUAUUCUAAGUGAUUUAGUGGCACAUCAACAGUUGUGCCCUUUGCAAGUGAAUUAUGAAAUUGAUGAGGAUUCUCCGGUUUACCCUCUACAAUACGAGGGUACUACAAUGCAAGAAAGGCGCCAUAAUUUCUAUCCAACCAACAUGAGUUGUUAUAUAUGCCAGGAAGAUUUUACCACAAUGAAUGGCUAUGAGGAGCAUAUUCAAAUUCACAAUGACGGAAAGGAUUUUGAAUAUUUAAAAGAGUUAUCUCAAUUCGAUUCACCUAUAUUUACAAUGACCUAUCGCUUAUGUAAAAAUUCACAUCAUUUCUGUUUUACCAUCGAGACGGAUAGAUUUGAUUUGAUGAUCGAAAAAAUAAUUAUUGUUCAAUCCCGUUCGAUGUUUUAUGUUCACAAUAUGCGCGUACCCUAUGCGAUGCCGGCAAGCCGUCGAGAAAAUUUUUUUGUUGAUUCACAUCUAUUUACGAUAUUUGUAGAGCAACCUAUUAUCUUGAUAUGCCAUUUAGCCAGCAGCAAGGAGACGAUUAUUAUUGAGGAGCAUCAUUUUAUGCGUUCCGAAGAAUUCCCGAAAGUAAAUUUGGUUUUAAAACCCACUCAAUUGCCGUCAAAAAAAACAUUUAGAGCAAUUUUACCGUUAUAUGAUUACUUUCCGCCCCUGGAAAUUCGAGAUGCAUUAAACGAUAAUUUCAUUUAUGAAAAGUUAAUGAAAACUUCCCCCGAAUUUAACGAUUAUAUACGAAAUGAAAAACAAUUAAAAUCCCAUACCAUUGGACAAACAUUGACCACGCUUUUGCACAUUGAGGAUAUGGAUGCAAUGAAGGAAUAUUUAAAUUUGCUGCAGCACAAUGUAAAACUUCGCUGUUUUGGCAAUGUGUAUAGUGUUAAGUUGCACCCAAAACAACGCGUCCACAUCGAAAAUAUAUUAACAGUUUUUGAUGAAGUCAUACUAACCACACGAAAAGACAUAAAGGCGGGUUCUGAACAAUUAGUCAAAUUAAUAUUGCAAAAUAAGGAUGAUAUGAAGGAGUCUGAUACAUAUUUGGGCUACAUUGAAGAUGUCAAUUCUGGACGUGUAGCUUUCAAGUGUUACCACACACUCGAUUUAAAACGGUCGUAUACGGUAGUAUUUCGUCCAUCACGUUUGCAAUUGCGUUUACAAUAUCGUGCCAUGGAGAUGUUGCCCAGCGUAAUGCCCUUCUUGAAAAAGUUCCUGUUUCCCAGUCAAUUGCUACCAAUGGAGCCCUCUUAUAAAAACUUGAGUCUUUACAACGCAUCCAUUGCCCACAAUCCUGAACAAUUGCAAGCUGUUCGCAACAUAGCUGAAGGGCCACGUAAUGAUGCCACUUAUAUAAUAUUUGGCCCCCCAGGCACUGGUAAGACAACAACACUGGUCGAAGCUAUUUUACAAGUUUGGAAGCGAGAUGGAACUAAAAUUUUAGUGACUGCCUCUUCGAAUAGCGCUUGUGAUGAGAUAGCAUUACGUUUGUGCAAAAUUUUAUCUAAACUCGAUGAGUCCUGCUCCAUUGUCAGAAUAUUUGCCCAAUCAAAUGAGGCCAGAAUGGAAACAAUCGAUGAUCUACUUUUGGAGUAUUCCAAUUUAUAUAGUGCGCACUUUUAUCCAGACGUUGAGGUGUUGCAUGAAUACCGUAUUGUUGUUUGCACAAUGUCUGUAGUGGCAAAACUUUCUCUGGGCAAAUUUGGGCGCUCGGAAAACGGUGGUGCAAAAUACACACAUUUAUUUAUUGAUGAAGUUGCUGCCUCGACAGAAGUGGAAGCUUUAAUGACCAUAACUUCGAUUUUGACACCGAAAUCAUGUUUAAUUAUUGCUGGUGAUAACAAGCAGUUGGGGCCAAUAGUUAAAUCAAAACGUGCUGAAGAAUUUAAAUUGGGCCAAUCACUAAUGGAUCGUCUUUUGGAGCGCGAAUGUUACCGAGUCAAUACGGAUACUGACAGUUAUGAUCGAACUAUACAAACACGCUUACGUUUAAAUUUCCGCUCACAUCCAGCAAUAGUAAAUCUAUACAGUGGCUUGUACUAUAAUCAUGCUUUAGAAGCAGAGGCUAAUUUGGCUGAUGUUUCAUUGGUUAAAAAUUGGCAUAAGGCUCCCAGCAAUGAUUUUCCAAUUAUUUUUGAUUCCGUUAAUGGCAAAACAUGUACUGACAACCAGUCAUCCAGUUCGUAUAAUUUUGAUGAAAUAAAUAUUGUCAUGGAGUAUGUGAAAGACUUGAUGUAUUUCGGUAUUAAUGGCCAGGAGGUGCAGCAGAGCGACAUUGGUGUUAUAUCGCCCUAUAAAAAGCAAUACAUUCGCAUACGCGAAGAAUUGAAUUUGCGCAGAUGGUAUCAAAUCGAGACUGGGUCCGUUGAAAACUUUCAGGGUAAAGAGAAGAACAUAAUAAUUGUCUCUUUCGUUCGAUCCAAUACACCGACCUUAGGAUUUUUGGAGAAUCCCAGGCGCUUGAAUGUUACGCUUUCUCGUGCCAAAUCACUUCUUAUACUGAUUGGUAAUGCCAAAACUCUAUCAAUCAAUGAAGAAUUUGAUUACAUUAUAAAAGAAUGCCAACGACAUAAGACUUUUAUUGUUAGGCCAGAGCCCCGCUCGUUUUUUGCCGGAAAAGGCGAGGAAAAGCGUCAAAAGAAUAGGAAAAAUGAAACUACCAGUCGCAAUAAAAUUAAUAAAGAACCUAAAGGAAAUGAAAAGCGGGAAGAAGUACAAAAGGGACCUCACCCUCAGCAUCAGCAAAAAUAUUCCAAAUAUGAAAUUGAUAAAGAGAAUAUACCAGAAGAUAAAAAUGAGGAGAAAAACGAUGUGGACGAUGACGAUGAUGAUGAUGAUGAUUCCGAUGAUGAUGGCCAAGAAGCUAUUGAAACCCCUAAAGGCAAAUCAAAUAGAUCUCAAAAUAUGAAGAAAAAAAAGUCGAGCAAUAACAUUGGUCAGAAAAAAAAGGUUGGAGUUCAAGAAAAACAGUCCCCAGUCAUGGAAAACCAAACUACCUUGGAAUUUGUGAAUAGCUCCUUAAAAGACCUAAAAUUGAAAAAUAAUGAUAGUAUGAAAAACCUAAAGAAGAAAAAAAAUCAUAAACGUCGUCAGCGUGGUGGAAAGAAAACUGCUUGUGUAGCCGGGGACGAAAAUGAAAAUGACGAAGAGGAGGAUGAAAUUGAUGUCGAAAAUAGUGAUAAUGAAGAGGAGGAAGAUGUAGAUGACGAAGACGAAGACGAAAAGCCAACGACGUCAAAAUCUUCCAGAAAAUUAAAUAGAGCCCAGCAAUUUAAAGCAAAAAAUGAAAUUAUGGCUAAAGGAAAACCCUUAGCAAAGGAAAUCGAAGUUUCUAAGGGGAAAUUAGAUGAUUUAUUCAGUGAAUUGCCUAAUGUACCAGACUCUGUCAAAACUUCUAACGUACAUAAUGAUCAAAAUCCAAUACCAACAACGUAUAAUAAUAGACCUACACCGCUGACAAACAUGCCGAAGCCUCAACCACACUAUUUUGUUCAACCGCAAAAUAACUUUAUUCAUCCCCAACAAAGAAUGCCUCAAAAUAAUCAAGCUAAUUAUAUGGGGUUCUCUCAACCUGUAAUGCAGUACAAUUCCCUGGGCAAUGACCAACAAAUGUUAAAUGCACAAGGAAUGCAGCAGCAUACUAUAUAUGGUACAGGGUUUAUGAAUCAUCAACAACGUCCCCUAAAUCCACAUUAUAUGCAACACCAACAAAUGGCAUGCCCCACACCGCAGUUUAAUCAUCAACAACCCAUUCCUCCAUAUUACCAACAUGGUAACACUUUUUUUGCUGGGAAUAAUAACAAUCAGAAUUGUCCCCGACCCACAUCUCACGUCUAUGGAAAUUUAAGAAUGCCAUUAGUCAAUGGCGAAUACUUUCAAACAGACGUUAAGAAGGAAAAAGAGGUAAAUAACAAAAAGCAAACCAAAAACGAUAAUGAAAAGCCGCCAAGACAUCAAGCCAGCAAAAAUAAUACGGGUGUCGAUAAGAAAAAUGAUGCAAAAACUAAGAGAAUCAAAAACAUUAAACAACAUCAAUACUUUGAAAGACCAGCAAGAUUUCAAGCCAAAAAAGGUAACAAAGAUAAAAAAGCCCAUAACGAUGACGAGGAUGACGAUGACGAUGAAGAGGAUAUUGACACGAAGCCUUCAACAUCGAAGUUGGGAGAAAAAGCACACUUGGCACAUUCGAUGAAAAAAAAAAAGCAACAUCAAAACGACACAAAAGUUGCUAAAGUUUUGAAGAGCGUUGGCAUGACGCAAAAUAACACCAAAGCAAGUGUGGAAAUAAAAGACGCAGUUCAACCGUUGUCUCCAAAGCCAUCAUCAAAAAUUAAGAAACCUACGAUAUCAGUAGAAACUCAAUCUACCAUUGAUGAUGAAGUUGCCAAGAAGAACAAAAAAACUCAAGAGAGCACACCCUUGGCUUCUAACAUUAACUCUAAUGCCACUCACCAAAAAACUUUUGAUGCGAAGCUAAGCGAACUUAGAGCGGGUGCUGAUAAGAGGCCAGGGUUAUCAUUUGAACAAUUUCAACAUAUGAUGGCUAAGAGAGGAAACAAAAAUGGUGAUUCAGUCAUUGCCUCAAAGCCACCUGCAGUCAUUUCCAAAAAUUUAUUCAAUCAAAAUAUGGAAUCAGGCGCCAGAACUCAAAUGACUGAGAUUUCUGCAACAACAUCAGCAAUUCAACCACUAUCAAAUCAAGUAAAAUUCGAUCCAAGUUCUUCGAAUGUUAGUUCAGUCCAAAUCAAAUCUCUCUAUGCUUCGAAACCUUAUAAUAGUUUAGAUAAAACACCCUCACAACAAGAUGGUGGCACACGACUUGCCACAAGUUCGUUAAGUCGUCCAACUGCUUUUGUGAAUGCCACCGUAGCGGGUCAAAACGCUGGUGGAAACAUUUCCCGUACUACAACAAAUAUUUCGUCAACACCUUUAAUAAAUAAUUUACCAAUAGAUACUGCUGAAAGAGUAUAUCCUACAUCAAAUGUGGGAUUAGGUGUUUCUAACCCUACUCCUGUAUCCGGAUAUUCCUCAACCUCUUUAAAUAGGAACGCAGCAAUAACAAAUAUUAAUCCUGGUUUGAAUUCACCCAUAUCGGUGGCAACAAAUACAGUUCAUACACAUCAAGGAACAUCGUAUAGUCAACCACAUCGUCCAAUUAGAAAUUUGCAGCCUCAAACAAAGAAGGAUGAUAAAUGCGUUAUAGCUUAAGUUAUAUUUCAUUAUUGCAAUAUUCUUGUCAGCUCGAAUGGGUAUAGUGUAAACCAUUAUAGCUGUGGGUGUGUGUUUUGUGUUCUAGUAUGAAGAUCGUAUAUUUUUUCCAAUGAUAGGAAAUGUGAUAGGAAAUUGUGUUUUAAGAUUUUGUUAUAUUGCAUUGCAACUUUUUAUUUAUUGUUUUUUUUUUUUUUUUUUUUUUUUUUUUAAGUUUUUUAAAACUUUAUUUACUUUUGUAAGCAAUAACCCUACUGCUUUGUAGGUGUUGUGGUCAAAAAAUAUUUUAGAAGUCUUUAUGCCAUAUUUAUGCGUGUGUAUAUGAUGGCAUAAAUUGAUUUCAAAUUAUAAGAUGACACACAAUCUCAAAUCAAUUUGUUGUUAUUAGACUCAGGAGGCCUACAUCUUGAAGUUGAAAAUUCAUAAACCUUUUUUGUUUAUAGUCUUGUGAUUGCAUCUAGUUUUGGCUUCCCAAAUAAUGUUUUUCAUUUUGAAGGUCUCAUGUGUUAAAAAAAUGCUGGUAUUACCGUGGUUAUUACAGGGAAUUAAGUGGUUAAAGUGGCAGUGCUACUUUAGUGUUUACACCACCUACCAUGGACUCGAUUUGAUAUAUAUUUUGUAAUCAUAUCAAUUUGGGAACUUUCAAGGUUUGGACUUUCUUUCCCUCGAAUGUAACAUAACAUUAGAGUAUCAUAUUUGGGUUUAUAAUAGUAUUCGGGUUUGGUCACGCCAAUGGGAAGUUUCAGUUUUCAGUUGAACAUUGGCACAGUAUAGGUACAUUAUUCGUCUGUAGCUUGCCUAAUCUUUGAUUAGUCUGCCUUAACCCUGUGGUCUGACAUUAAUGUCCCUUUAGAAAGACAUUUCAUUCGUAAAUGUUAGAGAGGUUUGAUAAUGACUUCAUCCUUACAAUCAAAUUUAUGCUGCCAUAUUCUGCAAUUCGUUAAUGUGAUGGAAAAGAGUAAGGUAGGGGAAACCAACAUACUCUAUAAAAGCGCCUAGAGCCAGGGGGAUCGAAGAGAAGUUGUCAUCGGUGAUAUUUUCGUCCAUUUAGCAACUUAAGGCUUCUAAGGUUACUCCCAAAUGAUAAGAGAAUAGCCUGUCUCAUUGCAUUUCUUACGCUGUCCCAGAAUUCUGGAAUGCUCAUAAUUAGAAUUCAGCUUUACGCAAAACUAGAGAGCACGACGCUUUGUGCCUUUUUUUUAAUGCAUUCAGGUAACUGUUGUAGAUUUCACCUUUACUCAGCAGCUGACUAUGGUGUCCUUCCCCAUGCACCAGCCAUUUCUUUGGCCUUAUUCCCAGACCCCUUACUUUCCAGCCGUUGUACACGGUUUAGGGACCAAUGAGCAAUUGUUUUUUUAGAGUUUAACGCAGGUUUGUGAUGUAUUUAGACCAGGGUUUUUUUUCAAGGUCUAGGGACCUAUAACCCAUAGUUUUACGCCGAAAAUUUAUUAUAUCUCAGCGAUUUCAUAUUUUUGCUUGCGGUUAACUUAGAAAAGGUACUAUAUUGGACUAUAUCUUAAUAUAGCCAAUAUUUUGGUCGAAAUUGAGUUGUUACUAUUUUGCUUCCAUAGAAGACGCAAUUUGAUUUUACUUGAAACUACUAUGUGUAGCAGAAACAGAUUACAAUUUAGUUUCCAUUACUAAAAGGCACGCAAAAUGGGAAGAAGGGCAAUGUCUUCUCCUUCCUUCCUUCACAGGACCUUGAUGACAGUGCAAAAUACAGCAUCAGCUAGAGCGCUUUUUUGGCCUGGCUCAUUAUUCUCUACUAUCCCGAACCCAGCAAAGUGUAAUAGUCUUCCCCAUGGUUCUAAGAUGCUCUUUGCAAUUCCGAACCAUACUCGACCUCAAAAUGGCCGUGCCACAGCUUUCAAAGUCUUCAGCUGUUUACACUCCGUGAUGAUCUGAUCGAACAAUUGUUUUGCAUUGAAAUCAUCUUAAGGGUUUUCAGGAUCGCGAAAACCUCGAUCUGAAAUACGCUACACCAUAAUGCGACUCUUGCCUCCUUCAAUCUUGCCCCAAAUGUGUACGCAGACAGUCCAGGAAAGCGUUAUAUCACCAGCCCAGAGCACCCUCUUAGGGAAAACGAGGUACAUGCCUUAGCAGAACAGUACAAUGUCCAAAGUUUGGGAAUCAUCAAGUUUCUGACUCCUUCAAUCUGGAGGGUAUGGUCGAGUGAGUGUCGUCAAAGAACCCAUGAGUAUCCCUUUGACCCCACACCUUGAGGAUCCUUCUCCAUUAAAUUUUCUGGUCAAGAAUCACUUCAAGAUAUCUAUCUGGGGCCAAUAUGGACUGAUUCUGUUCAGUAAAAAUUGUAUUUAGUCUUGUUAAAAGACCAGUCUACAUAUUCUUCUUACAUAUUACGGGAAAAUUCAAAAUAUGAAUAGGGCUGAGGUAUCAAGAUGUAGAUUACAUCAUGUUAAUGGGCUGCGAUUCGUUUGAAAAUAAAACUAUUUUUAGCUAUCGCUUAAAAUAUUUGUUUAAGAACAUUAUUCAAUGUUUGCUUAUGCAGCUAAAUCUCCUUUACAUAAAGCUUGACUAUAUUAUUUGAAAUAUAAGACAUUUUUUUUUCCAACAAUUUGGUAUGGCAUUAUUAUACAUGUGGCUAAAGAACUGUGACUGUUAUUACUUUGUCAUCGAUAGAGUGUUUAUUUUAGCUUGAAAAUUACUACGUUGCAAAACGCUAUAUCUGCAUUGUUUGAAUUACAAAUGAUGUAUUUAU